AUGAAGAAUGUGGAUGGAAAAACAAUGCUCAACCUAGAGGUCGAUAACUCCAAUUUCAUCGACAUUAAAAUCGAGGAAGACCCAACCCGUCCAGGUCAAUCUCGUCAUGGUAAACUCGCGAAGAUUCCUAACAAGACUUUGGGUGAAAAGAUGAAUAUAAACCUAGAGGUGGAUAGCUCCAAAAUCGUCGACCUCAGGAUCGGUCAUGUCAUGCAGAUUUUUUGUAAAACUCACAUGGGAAAGACCAUUACGUUAACGGUGGGCAGCUUCGACACCGUCGAAAGCGUCAAGGCCAAGAUCCAGGAGAAAGAGGGCAUCUCGGCGGAAUUACAGAGGCUCUUAUUUUGCGGCCGACAGCUCGAAGACGGUCACACAACAUCCAGCAGGAUUCGACCCUUCACUUAA